UUCUGCACCUGCUCAUGUCUUCAUUAAACUGUUGCUGAUCAUCGGGCAAUGGAGCCAUGCGCCUUCGAAAUGGAGCUUCGAUGUACUGAUUUGACGGGUAUGCCGGAUCUCCGUACAAAAUGAAUUUCUUCCCAAUUUCUGCCAUUUUAUCUCGUAAUUUAUCCAUCAGUUUGCUGUCAGCAAGAAUCCCGGCAUCGUGCCUCCUCCCCGGCCAGGGGCCAUCCAAGUUUACGAUCAUUCCAUUGGGGCCACAACAGACUGAAAUACCAUGCUAUGCAUACGAUAAUGUGCGUUCCAAACUACUCGCUGCCCCUCUGAAGGUUUGCAAAUUGGUCGCACUGUACCAUCGAUAUAUGCCCAAACAUUCUCCAGGGGGGCUCCCUUGGAACGCCCUGCCUCAGCGAACUCCUCAAGGUCCUGCCGUGUCAGCCAGCAUAAAUCAAGAGUCGUUAACAGGUGAAUAAAUUCGCUAUAGAUGUGUUCAAUAGCCCAGUGAAAGGCAAUGGAUAGUUCCGCUAUGGAUCUAUGGAAUAUGAUUGUUAAGUCCGUAUAACGACAAGGAUACGCCAGGCGACGAAGAAGGAUGCACAAAGCUUCAGUUCCUUCAAAUACGGAUCAUGUUUCACGGCGCACAACAUCCGGGAUGUGAAGCUCCUUGCGCAACUCAUCAAUAUCCUCGCGGUGGAAUCUGAACCACGCAAUACAGUCCUCAUCGCUGAUAUCAUUAAGGUUGAACCUUUUUCUGUUUUCUUUUUCCUGGGAUUUUUGAUCGUGAUAGAGGGACAGGAAUAGUGCGAGUUCUUCUGGUUCGAAUUCAUCCAGGGCGAUAACUGUUUGAAGAAAUUGUGUGAAGGAAUUAGCCAUGAUCCCUUGAACAGGAAACGGUGAAUAUCUCAGAUGAAUCCCCAGAGGACAGCCUCUGCACGGGACGAUCAAUGACCGAAAUUGGCCCCAAAGCCACAUUGUACACUAAAAAAUUCUGCAGUUCAACUGAGCCGAGGGGAGGCCUUAAAAUUAUCAGCCAUCGAGAUCUACUUGAAAAGAUUCAGGACGAUACAAUAACUGUCAUCAUGGACGUCGUCGUUGAGCUGAAAUCCGAAACUUUCCGCUCCUACACCAUACAACCGGAUGCGGAAGUCUAUCGUCAGCGGUUCUGCCAGCGACUUGCCAGCGUGGUUUCUGGAGACGCUGCACAGCGCACCACCGACUUUGUUAUUCGUUCCAACGACGGCCAAGACUUCCGUGUUCAUCGCUGUCUGCUCAUGGUGCAUUCACCGGUCUUUGCCGCCAUGUUAACCCAUGAUUCCGAAGAAAACCAAGAUGGCUUGUGUGAACUGAAUGAUAUUGACGGGGAAAGUAUUUCCAUUCUGCGUGACUAUGUUUACGGGUGUGAAAUGGAGAAGAUUAAUCUCGGUAAUGUCGAAAGGGUUUUAAUUAUGGCGGAUAAAUAUGCGGUUGAGGAUCUCCGCUCAUUCUGUGAGUCAAUGCUGGCCAAGAACAUCAGCCCGGAGAACGCGACAAAGUAUCUUGCUCUCGCCGAACAGCGGGGUUUGGAAACCCUGAAGAUGGAGGUUCAGUAUGCGCUCAAUACAGAGCACGCACAAGUGCAAAAUGCCGCCAAUGAGCUACUAGACAAUAUCUCGGGGGAAAAUGUUGCGGAAGAGCAGGAAAAGUCCGGAUGGUUUUCUUGGCUGCGUUACUGGGGAUCGUGAAUCCGUGAUGAUAAACCAACUUGAAAUUUUUACUGACUUCUUAAAUCAAUUAUUUGUUUUUGGCACCGGCACGCGCUGGGUGUACUUUAUGGUGACAAUGUUAGAAAGUUACGACGAGUUUUGACAUCAUACUUUUUGCCUUUUCAACUGACAGCUGGAGAAGUUGUUCAUUCAUUCAGCCGAAGCGUUUUCAUUAUUGCAGUUUCUCGGAAAAUUUGUGUGACCUUUUAACUUACCUUACAGAAAUAACGGAGCAACUUUCGCAUUUGUUUUAUCGUUUGUAUGUUUCUGUAUAAGC